AUGUCUUGGUUGCUGCAACUCUGCCUGUUUCUCUCGCUGUACGGAUGUUUCUGUCAAACAGCCGACGGAGAAACGGAGGUGGUAAGUGCUCCGGAAAAACUGCCCGCCCCUCCGCCGUCCCCGUUGGACGAUUGCGAUCCCGAGAUGAUCGGCUUCGAAUUGAUCACGGGAAACGUAUUUUCCGCGCCGGGAAACGUGUUGGACUCCAUUCCGGGUACGCUAAUGUUGACGGAUUGUUUGGAGACCUGUCAAGGGAACGAGAGCUGUCAAAGUGUUAAUUACGAGACCGGAUUAUGCGUGUUGUUUAGCAGUAACGCCGAUGCUUUGCCUGGUGCCUUAACCCGUUCUCAGUUCCCAGUGUUUACAAUCUACGCCCAGAAAAGUUGUUUGGGGGUGAAGCCUUGCGAGAGAGCUUGGUGUAUAGACCGGGUCCAGAAUCAUCGAUUGACAGGAUACGUCAACGACCGUCAAGUAGUCUCAUCGCGUCAAGAGUGCCUGGAACUGUGCCUGGGAGAGAACGAAUUCGCAUGCAGAUCCGCAAACUACAACAACGCAUCCGGUACAUGCGAACUCUCAACCAUGGACCGAAUCACCGUAGCUGGCAGCACCUCCUUCCAACCAAGCGAAGGUUACGAGUACAUGGAAAAUAACUGCAUCGAAGAGCCUACCAAACUAUGCGAAUUCAAAAAACUAACAGGAAGAAUUUUGAAGACGGUCGAUUCCGUGUAUCAAGACGUCGGAUCCGUUGACGAAUGCAGGGAACUGUGCUUAAACAGCCCAUACAGGUGUCACUCCUACGACUAUGGAGAUACUGGUGAGAUGGUCUGCAGGUUGAGCCACCAUUCCAGGGCUACUCUCUCUGACAUACAGGAACCUUACUUGGAAGUACCAGAAGCUGCAACCUAUGAACUUUCGUCCUGCUACAACGUAAGCAUUGACUGUCGCUCGGGAGACAUGAUAGCAAGAAUUCAAACCAGCAAACUCUUUGAUGGCAAGAUCUACGCCAAAGGAAGCCCCAAUUCCUGCGUUCGAGACGUCAACAAUAGCCUGGAAUUCGAAUUGAACAUGGCUUAUGAUAAUUUGGAAUGUAAUGUCAGGAAAAAUGGACUUGGAAGAUAUAUUAAUGACGUAGUUAUCCAGCACCACGACAAAAUUGUAACAAGCAGCGAUCUUGGAUUGGCUGUCACUUGUCAGUAUGAUUUGACAAACAAAAGCGUGACCAAUGAAGUUGAUUUGGGUGUCCAUGGCGAUAUUACACCAGCCCUCUCAGAAGAAGUCACAGUGGACUCGCCCAAUGUAGCCAUGAAAAUCACAGAUAGAAAUGGCGAAGACAUCAUGCAAUCAGCCGAAGUCGGUGACCCGUUGGCUUUGAAAUUCGAAAUCAUGGACAAAAACAGCCCCUACGAAAUUUUCGUCAGAGAACUAGUGGCUAUGGAUGGUGUGGAUUCCAGCGAAAUCGUAUUGAUCGACUCGGAUGGUUGUCCAACAGAUCACUUUAUUAUGGGACCUAUUUACAAAUCGGCUACCACAGGAAAGAUAUUGUUGUCCCACUUCGACGCCUUCAAGUUCCCAUCGUCUGAAGUCGUCCAGUUCCGUGCAUUAGUAACUCCUUGUAUGCCGACUUGCGAGCCAGUCCAAUGCGACGAAGAAGAACCCAGUGGCGAGUUAAGAUCCGUCGUAUCAUACGGAAGACGUAGAAGACGUCGUUCUACCAGCUCUUCUCAUGAAGACAUGCUCCUUGUCCAAUCCAUCCAGAUAACCGACAAAUUCGGCUUCGAUAAAGACUCCAACAAGUCCACGAACUUCGGUAAUGAAGCCAUUUACAUACCCACCGAAGCUGGAUUAUGUAUCAACGUUGCAGGACUCAUAGUAGCCGCUACAGUUUUCCUAUCGGCUCAAUUGGCCGUUAUAGCAGCUUGGACAUUCAUCUGGCAACGUAGGAAACUGAUCAACAAGUUGGACGAUAAUAUGUCGGUCAGCGUGAGCAUACCUUCGCAGCUAGGCGGCAGCCGCACGGAUAGUUUGUGCAAGCUGUACGAAAAUAACGGCUACACUCAUUCCCGUCGAUUCUAG